AACUACAACAUCUCCCGAUCUCCCUCCAAUCGCCGUCGCGCCUCCUAGCCCUAACGCACGCGCGCAGCGGAACGCAUCCCGUCACGAGCCGAGCAGAAGCGGCCAUGGCAGCCGUGGCGAUGCACAAGCAGCAGCACCACCACCACCACACGGAACGGUGGGCCGAUCUCCUGGACGACGACGGCGGCGACCUCGACCUCGGCAUGCUCCUCCCGCCGCCGGUCGUCGUCGGGCCCGACGCCAAAGGCAUCAAGACGGUGACCGAGUACAGGAUCGACGGCGAGGGCAACAAGGUCAAGGUCACCACCACCAAGCGCGUCCGCACGGUGCGCCGCUCCAGGAGCGCCAUCGAGCGACGCUCCUGGCCAAAGUUCGGCGAUGCCGCCAGGGAGGCCGCCGGCUCGCGGCUUACCAUGGCCUGCACGGAGGAGAUACUCUUCGACCGCACACGCGCCACAGGAAGCAAAGACAAGGAGCUAUCUACUAAAGUUGAUUCACUGGUUAAGGCGAAUGAUAAGGGUGGAGGUCUUCUCAUGGUUUGCAGAACCUGUGGGAAGAAGGGUGACCACUGGACCUCAAAGUGCCCCUACAAGGACCUUGCUCCACAACAGGGUGAAAGUUCUGCCGACAGGCCUCCAAGCUCAGACGGCUCUGCAUCACAAGGUGGACGUGGUGCCGGUGUGGCUGGAGCGUAUGUUCCUGUAUUCAGGAGGUCAGGUGCUGAUAAGAGCGGAGCAGAUGUGAUGAGGCGGAGGAACGAUGAGAACUCGAUCCGCGUGACCAACCUCUCGGAGGACGCCCGCGACCCUGACCUCGCAGAGCUGUUCGGCCAGUUUGGCCCUCUCAACCGUGUCUACGUUGCAUUAGAUCGGGCGACUGGGGCAAGCAGGGGGUUUGGCUUCGUCAACUUUGUUCACAGGGAGGACGGCGAGAGGGCUAUCAAGAAUCUCAAUGGUUACGGCUACGAUAACCUCAUCCUAUGCGUCGAUUGGGCAGCACCAAGGCCCAACUAG